UGCAUUCGGGCAUACACUAUUUUGCGCAAAUGGUUGACUUCAAAACUCGUGGCUCCAAGGUUAGGGCUGCGAUUGCGCCAGAAACGUAUGGACUUCUGUUUACGAGCUAUUGAAAUAGCACGAUUGCGCCACUAUAAUGGUCCAGUCGUACUAGGAUGCGCCGAUCAACCAUGUGUGCGCUCUUUCGUAGAGGCUGUGGUUGUUUCAGCCGUCAUCAGUGUGGAAAGCCGUAUGCAUCACCGCGCAUGGCAGAACGUUGCAGUAGUCCGUGGCGCACAAUGCUUUGGUGGUCGACAUGAGCUGGCUCUUGGAACGCAUGCUAGAGAUCGUUAG